AGCCCCAUUAUAAAAAGCGACAGAGCUCAGGCAGCGAGGGAACAGCACUUGGCUCACGCACCGGCCCCGGCCCCGCCUGGACCCCCGCCUGGACCCCCGCCUGGACCCUCGGCCGCCCGCAGCCAUGGCUCCUCCGCCCCUCUGGGGGCUGCUCCGCUUGGCUGCCCUCUGCCAUCUGACCGCACUGCUGGCCGGACAGCACCUCGGUGUGAAGAAAUGCAACGUGAUCUGCAACAGGAUGACCUCGGAGAUUCCCGUGGCCUUACUAGACCACUACCAUCGAAAUCAAGAAUCCUGCGGCAAGCCUGCCAUCAUCUUGAGGACGAUAAAGAACAGAACCUUCUGUGCCGAUCCGAAGGAGAAAUGGGUUCAGAAAGCCAUAGCACAUCUAGAACGCCAGACUGCUGUUCCAGAUCGAAAUGGCGGCACGUUCGAGAAGCAAAUCGGUGUGGGUGAGCCCAGGACCGCCCCGGCCACCAGGGGAAUGGACAGGCCUGCGGUCCCAGAGCCCAAAUCCACCCAGGAAAACAGUGGCCAGGAGGCACAGAGGGCCUCGGGGACUUCCUCAGAGCUGCCAACAGGAGUGGCUGAUUCCUGGGGGACCAGGUUCCCCUCCACUCCAAAGGCUCCGGAUGGAGGACCUCCAGCUGGGUCCCAGAAAACUGAGUUUUUCAACGCUGCUGCCCUCACCACCGCAACGUCCUGGCAGAGUUCUGCCUACAAACCCGGGUCGGGCCUCUGGACGGAGGGAAAGGCCUCUGAGGCCCUCCCCACCCAGGCCCCCCCCACCCAGGCCCCCCCCACCCAGGCCCCCUCCACCCAGGCCCCCCCCACCCAGGCCCCCUCCACCCAGGCCCCCCCCACCCAGGCCCCCUCCACCCAGACCCUCCCUACCCAGGCCCCCCCUACCCACACCCCCACCAUUUCACACACAGCCUCAGAGGACAGUGUUGGCCCUGAAGGCCAACCUGUGUGGAUCACAGGAGACAAUCCCAUGCCAGAGAACUCUCUAGGGCCUGAGGAGAUGGAUCCCACCUCAGCUCACACGCAUACUUUCGGGGGGCCUGACGGCACGCCCCGUCUCUCCACGGUCCCUGUCUCCUCUCAAAGGGUCCCCAGCAGGGAGCCAGUGGCCUCAGGCAGCUGGACCUCCAAGGCGGAGGAGCCCAUCCAUGCCACCGUGGACCCCCAGAGGCUGGGUGUCCUCAUCACUCCCGUCCCCGACUCGCAGGCAGCUACCCGGAGGCAGGCGGUGGGGCUGUUGGCCUUCCUUGGCCUCCUCUUCUGCCUGGGGGUGGCCAUGUUUGCCUAUCAGAGCCUCCAGGGCUGUCCCCGCAAGCUAGCCGGGGACAUGGUGGAGGGGCUUCGCUAUGUCCCCCGGAGCUGUGGCAGCAACUCCUAUGUCCUGGUGCCAGUGUGAGCUGGCCCCCUGCCUGCCUCCAGUUGUUCGGCUCCGACAGCUGCCUGGGGUCCCCCGUCCUCACACCCACCCUCACCCAAGGGCCUGACCUGAGCUGGGGUGAUCAGAGCGAGGAGGCAGGCUCUUCCACACGCAACGGCUCCCG